AUGACUGACAUUCCCGAGUCGCCUCGUCGGCGUCUUAUCAGUGCCCAAACCUCCUCUACUUUGCAAUAUCCGACUUUGCCUCCCCUAACAGCCUCUGUCGAAGAGUGGCUGUCUCGCUCGCGGCCCACAAACAUGACGUCAGCUCGACUCUCUGAUUCUCCCAAAUCCUUGAGUGACAGCUGGGCCACCUUGAGUGUGUCUGACCUCCACUCCGAGGAUGGCAGUCAUUCUGAACAGACCGAUACGUGCUCCUUGAUUGAUCAGGCGAUCCCGGACGAUGUCGCAAGCCUCGACGAGCGCUACAGCAGUAGCGAUGCGGAACACGAGGACAAUCAAGACGAGGACAGCCAAGACGAAGAAGAUGAUGGAAUUGAUAAGCAAGAAGUGCAGUGCACCGACUCGGCUUCCCAAGAGCUUCCUGCCCUCUUUGCUUCCGGAGGAGCCGCGAUCGAUGAUAGUACUAUUACCACCAAACCUUCGUACCCAAAGACCAGUGAUUCUAUCGAGUUUGUUGAGCCCGAGAUGUGGCCUGAGAUCGAGAGGGUGGAGCUCAAGCAUACCAUCCGCAUCUUUGAAGGUGCUGCAGCUUCGGAACUAAAGAGCCGGCUGCCAUACAACUCAACCGACUCCAUCCUCAUGGCCACUGUUCAACAGACCAUGACCAAGCAGAGCCUUGACCUAGACAAGCCGUUCCGUGUGCUGUAUAUCGGACACCCCGGUUUCCGUAACAUCAUCCUCGACAAGAUCGGAGAUGUUCUAGUAUCAAGCUCGGGUACUCGCUCAGAAGCUAGCUCCGCUGAAUCCUCCCGCUACCAUGUUGUACCAACCUCAUUUGGCGCUGGCGCCAUUCCUACCUUUGCGGAGCUCCUACCGAUCCACGUCCAACUUGUGGUUGACGAAUGUCUGGAGGCUACCGACGAUCAACACGCGGACCGACCUAGCACCCUCAACCUGAGAUUCAAGAACCGUCCCUCAUGCACAUCGGCUUGGAACGGAAUCGACUUCGGAGUCUCGUCUACAUCUGACUGGACUCUGCCCGAUGUGGCCAUCCUCUUCGUCUCUAAGGGCGAUAACGAAUCGGCUGUGAGGACUCAGCGUCUUGCUCACACUUUCUUAGAGCGUCACGAAAUCCCAGCCAUGGUUAUAUCGGAAGAGCCAAUGUGGACCAUGGCCGGGGAAAUGAUUCCUCUCAACCAUGACAGUCUGCAUACGUGCUUAGAGUCCCGACACCCAUUGUCCGGCGAGACGGCUGUUCUAAGAAGGUAUCCCAUCGAUUUGAAGACCUUCGAGAGCAUCACAGCUGGUCAGUUGAAUCGCAAUCUCGCCUCACUCGUCGGCCUGUACCCCAAGAGGGCGCAUAAAGUCGCCGCUCAAUCCCACAAGCCUGCGCAGCGAGGUAUCUCUGUGGACUUCGAAAAGUACACUACACAGUGGCUCCCGCCUGCAUAUGCCACUAAGGUCAGAGAGAUGUCCCCAACGCUGCGCGUGGCUACCUUGAGUCUCAUAUCGAUCAUUGCCGUCUUUCUUGGGUAUUUAGCUGUCCAGCUAUUGGUUUCUCUCCUAGCACAGUGCAUCGUUGGCGCAUCCAUUUCCAGUGCAUCCCUCCCAGUGGCUUCUCAGGUCUCUUCCGCUUCUAUUCCAACCUUGGACCGAGUGAACCAGACUCCUAUCGCGAUGCUUCCCUCGUCAUCUGUGCGACUAUUGCACGUACCCUCCGUGGGUGAUUCGAUUUCAGACGUUCGGGUUCGUUGGGGACUGCCAUGUCAUCAUCAAGCCUCCCCCAAACUUGCAUCGUCCAAGAAGCACCCCAAGUUCAAUGUUAGCGCCCAAAGACAAGACAAGGUUCUUUCUUAUGAGCUGUCAGCGCUUUUCGAUGGGGUUUAUACUCUAAAGCUCAACCGAGAAGAUGCGUACGGCUUGGUCAACUUGACAAUCACGCCCAAGACCAGACGUCCAGUGAAUCAAACAAUAAUUCUGGACUUUGGGACUCCGUGGUUGAAGAUUUCGAAUUGGAAACGUGCUGCACAAGGAAUCACAGCCCAAUUCGCCAAGGACCUGCAUACAGCUCAAACCGGAUUGACAGAGGUGUAUGGCCGGUUCUCCACAGACGUUCAAGUUCUCAUGGGUGACGUCGUGAAGAAAGCACACUUCUUGCGCCGUGAUGCAGAAAGCCUACGAAAUGAAAGCCUGAGUGCCCGCAACGCAGUUCUUGCCCGCUCUAAGCAAAUGUCCGACGCCCUAGCCCGCAAUGCCGUCCAGAGACUCCAAAUCGUCUCCUCUGCGUUGCAGAUGCGCACCACCAGCGUCAACAAGGAAGCCAAAAGUUUCGUGCAUGAUGCUUGGGCGCGGCUUGAGAGCUCAGCACCCAAGGUGGACCUCCGAAGCGUUAUGGACCGAAUACGCGGCGCCAGAAAGUGCGAAGCCCUAGACCGGGCUCAAUCGCGUGCGCGAUACGUGAUGAAGAUCUGGUCGGGUAAACCCGACGAUUGCUCAACUCUUGCUCGCUCGAAAUGA